AUGGACUCCUCAUCGGCGGUAGAGGAGGCAACUUUUCAAGAGAAGCCAAAAAAUUUUGUUGAUAAAACGUCGGUGAAGCGGUGGCUGACUGGAGCGGAGAAAGACGAAGGCGAAGAGGAGUGCGACACGGAAGCCUGGGAGACGCUGAAUAAGAGUUUUAAGGAAGCGCAAUCGGUGUUAGAUCAGAACCGAUUGUUGAUUCAACAGGUGAACGAGAAUCAUCAGUCGAAGAUUCCUGAUAAUUUGGUAAAAAAUGUCGCGUUGAUUCAGGAAAUUAAUGGUAAUAUCUCAAAGAGUUUGGUAAUAUAUUAUAUCGACGGGGUCAGUUUGAGUGUCUAUUUCGAUUGCUUUCAUAACGUUCGUGCAUGGGGUGUCUUUUGGAUGACGUUUGUGGUUUUCUUGUGA